AUGAAAAUUAAAGUGUUUGGCCACUGUGAAGUCCUGCUUGUGGCGGAUAGUGCAGAGGUGCUCACAAAUUCCUCUCCUGUCUCAGAUGAACCUGUUUCAGAUGCAUCUGAACCGAAGACAUCACCAUCGUCUGAGGAUUUGGCUCCCCUGGCCACAGGUUCUGUGGAGCUGCCGUCUGAUCAAGCUACUGCAGCUCCAGUGCCUGUCACAGGUGAGGAAGGAGCCAAACCUCAGGCAGCUUCCACCAAGGGCAAGAUGCAGGUCUUCACAUCUACAUCUGCAAAAUCCUCAACAGCUAGGCCUCAGGCUGCUGCCCGCUCUAAGAGGGCCAUUAAAGCUCCCAGUGUCAGUACCAGAAAAGCUCUUGGCCCCAUCACCAGCCCAAAAAGACAUCUCUCCUCGAUAAACCACAGUGGCACAGGAGCUAAAGUACCUUCAGCAAAGCCUCAUGACUCCAUGCCAGAGGCCAGCAGGAGUCGACUGCCAGCAGCACGAGGAUCAAAGACCACAGCCAGACCUCCAGCCGCUCAGAAGGAAUCUGGUCAGUCACCAGAUCGCCGACGGGCAGCAGGGGACUCUCCAGCCAAGCCGGGUGGUGGUGGGAGUGGAUGCAGCAGCCCAGGAGCUCCCGGGACCCCAAGCAGCCGCUCACGUACUCCCUCACAGCCAUCCUCUGGCUCAGCUAAGGAAGUAAAGAAGGUGGCUGUUGUACGUACUCCCCCAAAGUCCCCAGCUGCUUCCAAGGCACGUCUGGCUACUGUUUCUGCACCAAUGCCUGACCUGAAAAACAUCAAGUCAAAGAUUGGAUCUACAGAUAAUAUUAAACACACCCCUGGUGGGGGCAAGGUACAAAUCGUACACAAGAAGGAAGAUUACAGCGCUGUGCAGUCAAAGUGUGGUUCCAAAGACAAGAUCAAACAUGUUCCUGGAGGUGGAAAUAUACAAAUCACGAACAAGAAACUCGAUCUGAGUCAUGUGUCGUCAAAAUGUGGAUCAAAGGAUAAUAUCCAUCACAAGCCAGGUGGUGGAAACGUGGAGAUCAAGUCACAGAAAGUGGACUUUAAAGAGAAAGCCCAGUCCAAGAUCGGAUCGAUGGACAACAUCAGCCACACGCCAGGAGGUGGCACCAAGAAGAUUGAAUCUCACAAGCUGACUUUCCGUGAGUCAGCUAAAGCUCGUACAGAUCAUGGCGCAGAAAUUGUCUACAAAUCCCCAACCCCCUCCAAUGAGGGCUCUCCCUGUCGACUCAGCAACGUGUCCUCCACUGGCAGCAUCAACAUGGAAUCUCCACAGCUCGCCACGCUCGCUGACCAGGUCUCUGCCUCACUGGCCAAGCAGGGCUUGUGA